GUGUUACCUUAACUUAAUUAAUGGAAAUUGAUAAAUUGUUGCGUCUACCAAUUGACCACCUGACCACCUGUAAAUAUCCGGGAACAGGUGUGUCUGCGUAUUUUCUCACGGCGUAUUGUAACUGGAGCAUAAAAUGCGUCUCUCGUUGGCUCUCUUUCUCCAUGCCUUUGCAUUGCAGCUGCUCAUCGUCAGAUGCUCAACUUCGAACGCUUGCAACUUGAAGGGCUCGAGUGAAGCAACUGUGUGCUUGCCUCUCCAGCAAUAUCUGCAGCAUCAAGGUGAUCAAAGCUCAUCAGAGUCAUCAAAACACGGAAAAGGACAGAAAGGCGAUCCAGGCAAAAGUGGACCACCGGGAAAAACAGGACAGAAAGGAGUGAGAGGACCUGUAGGACCAAAGGGUCAUUCUGGCUCUAAAGGUGACAAGGGAGAUGCUGGACAAUCAAGUGACAUGUUGUAUCUGUUUAUGGGUGCGACAUGGUUGAGUGCCAACGCAGUGUUUGUUCAAACGCCUUCAGUGCGGAACACUGAGCAGAUUGUCUUUCGAUCACAUGACCAGCAGGGUGUUCUAUUCAGUGCUGUUGUUCUUCCCAGUGGACGUUUAUCUGACAAGAAGAACUACAUCAUCACUCUGAAAUUUUGGUAUCAAAGACUCACAACUGACAAUGACCUUUUGGUCGGCAUCUGUGAUGAUAUUGAUUGUGUGGGAUUUAAGUAUCGAGACAGUGGAGACAACAUCUAUGCACUCAAGUGGAGGAAACAUGCAAGCAGCUGUCCAGUAAGCAGCACCAGGUUGAACGAUGGAUGGGCCGAUGAUGACCAGGAAAUGUAUGAGAUGAAGUUUGAUGUCUCAGCCUCUAAUACAAUUGGAAGCACAUGGAGUAGUGUUGCUGCCAAACCGUUUCUGCAAAGGUUUGAUGUCGUGAUGAGGUUUAGUCACGGCAUGUCGAUACUUGUUUGUCGUGAUUCUACCACUGAGGCUUACAGUAUGCGUUUCUUUGAAAUGUUUGUCAGACAAAACAAUCUCUAGUUUGUUGGAUGGCCUUUACUGAACUCAUUUGCUUGUUUUUUCUCAGCUUUUAGCUUGCUGAUUAGCUAUGUGGUGCUGAUUAGCUACGUGGUGCUGUUAAGCAUUCGAAUUUUUUGCGGGUUGUCUGUAGUGUUACAUGUCUGUAGUAUUGUGGAGGAAGGAA